AUGAUAUCAGUCAACCAGCUUAUCUUGCUAUCCUGCUUGGGUUGUGCAGUCGUGGUGGCGUCCGAUGCCACACCAAAACGGUCUCCAUUGGGGACUAUGCGCUUCGGUAAACGAGCUGUUGGUGACGAGUUGGCUUACGAGGAAGAUGGGUUCUAUCCAGGUAUAAUGUGGAAGCGCUCCACUGCUGAUUCGGAACAAGUUAUCCGCGAUCAGCGUACCCCGUUGGGAACCAUGCGUUUCGGAAAACGUAGUGCUGAGCCAUUCGGUACAAUGCGUUUCGGUAAACGUGAUCCUGAGAGUGAUUCUCCAUUCGGAACGAUGAGAUUCGGUAAGCGAGGUGCUGAUGACACUCCAUUCGGAACGAUGAGAUUUGGAAAACGAGGUGAUGGCGAGACUCCAUUCGGAACUAUGCGUUUUGGAAAGAGAAGCAGUGAGCCAUUCGGAACAAUGCGUUUUGGCAAGAGAGGUGAUGAUGGAACUCCGUUUGGAACAAUGAGAUUCGGAAAGCGCUCGUCUGACGAACCACUUGGAACCAUGCGCUUCGGCAAAAGAUCCUCGGGUGACAGUGCUCCAUUCGGAACCAUGCGUUUCGGAAAGCGUACCCCCCUCGGAACCAUGCGCUUCGGCAAAUAA